GGCGUCGUCGAGCGAUACGCUUGUGGCUGCGCUUUGCAGACCCGCACUUGCAUCACUGCAGCGACCACUGAACGGUGCAUCACGCAGCGAUUGAAGACAAGUUGUGCAACGCAUCAGUAUCAGUUCCUGCACACCUCUGCAGCAGCAACCAAACCACAACAAGAACAAGCGGCAGCGAUGUCCCGCCGCGUCGGCACGCCGCAGAACCGCAUCGAGCUUUCAAGUGUCAGCGUAGUAAAACUCAAGAAGAAGAGCCAAACUUUUGAAGUGGCCGCCUAUCCCAGCAAAGUAAAAGAUUUCAGGGCCGGCGUCGAGGCGGACGUCGACGAGGUGCUCCAAGUCGCCCAGGUCUUUACGAACACGGUGCACGGCGUCGUCGCGCCAAAGAAGCAGCUCCAGAAGCACUUCCCCGGACUUAGUGUAGAACAGAUCUGCGAGGAAAUUCUGAAGAAAGGCUCACUCCAAGUAUCGGCCAAAGAACGGGAAGCGGAGACCGACAAACUGAUGGCCGAAGUCACGAACCUCGUGGCGAGCAUGUGUAUAGACGCCGCCACGGGCGCGCGGCUGGCGCCGGACGCCGUCGGGCGGUUGUUGCGAGAUGACGCAGGAUUUGCGCCUUCUACCACAAAGAGCGCGAAGCGCCAGGCUUUGGACGUCAUGAAGGUGCUGGAACGGGACCACGGGCUGAAGCGCGCGCCCAUGGAGCUUCGGGUCGUGUGUGGAGCUGCGGAGCCUUCUGAUGUUGUGGCGGCUCUGCAAGCCGUGGACGGCGACGUCACGUGCACGGUCAAGGACGCCUCUAUCACAUGUUUAGUGCCGCCGCGCGUCUACCGCGAGAUUGUCGAGGCGGUCGCAAAAGCGACAGAUAGUAAAGGGAGCGUCGAGGUCGUCGAGCGCGCCGCUGUAUGCGAAGCGAGUCCAACACUGCCGCCGCCACCUCCACCCGUACAGAAACCACCGAAACCAGCCAAGGGACCAGUCGCGCCGAAACCUAGAGUGCUAGCCUGCAAUACGUGCGGCGGCGCCUUCCCCGACGCGGCCGCGCAUCGGGCACAUUUCAAAUCGGACUGGCACCGCUUCAAUUUAGCACGCAAACUGAAACAGCAGCCGCCCGUCGACGAAAAGACGUUUACCGAGGAACAAGCCAUCAUGUAA